AUGGGGAUCAGAAAACGCCUGCUCUACGCGUCCGACAGGUUUGUGGUCGGGAGCACAGAGCUUUGCAAGGCACUGGUCAGAGAGAACUUUCGACUAGGACAGCAGAUUGUCCUCGCUUUCUCUGCAGGUGCAAACACCAGCAUGGCGAUCUCUCUUGACGUGGUGAACAACGACAGGUACUAUGCAGCUCGAAGGAACAGGAUCAGGUCGGGGCCCUCUGCGCAAUCGAGGGAUCACAAGAGCAAGAGAGUGUCGGGGUUUGCAUCCCUUUUCAUCGAUGAGACGGCAAAGAACGGGUCCAAAGAGCUCGGCACUGUAGGGUCCAAGGUUGCGUUCGACAGCUACGUGCAGUCCAACGAGUCGGGGAGGCAGAGCGCAGAGAAGAGCAGGAUGUUUGAUAGUGUGUCGGAGACAUCGGUGGGGACGGAGAUGCACCCGCUGCCAAGGAGGCUCUUCGGGCUGCUGCGGGACCUCGUAUACUGGGUAGUCGACCGCAUCGUCAGCAUGCUGCAUCUGGCGCUGAUGUGGCUCCCUGGGAUGGGGUCAAGAGCUCAACGGCUUGCUCGACUGCUGGGACAAAGCGAAGAAAGCUCUGCCAAGGAGGUGGAGUUGGACCACGAGGUCUCCACCGGCCUGCUGGAGGACGUUCAGCUCAGGAUUCAUCUCACCCUCGAGUGGAUCUGCUGGAUGAUCCGCAGGUUCCUGCAUUCAGUGCUCGGGUCGAGGGACUACAACAGGCAGAUUCGGGAGGAGGACGAGCUGACGUACAGGAAAGAACUGUCGUCCUCCACCUUGUCCUUGAGAAAGUUUCGUGCCCACACACCUCGAAGGGAGCACAAUUUCUCAGCUGCUGUCAUGAGAGUCGGCUAUCCCUUCCAACAGAUCAUCCUGGACACGGCCGAUGGUUAUCGAUUGGAGCUUCAUCGCCUCCCUCGGCAUAACUCCGACAAGGUCAUGUUCUUGCAACAUGGCAUCAUGGACUCGAGCUACAGCUUCGUGGCCCGUGGAGCUUCAGACGGUCUUGCAUUCCGUGCCUUCGACAAAGGCUACGAUGUCUUCAUGGGCAACUUCAGGGGCACGUCCAGCUUGAAGCAUGCGUCUGAAGACAUCUCUGCGUGUGAUUACUGGUGA